GAGGAGGCGGCGCGCGCGCGGAGCGGGAGCACGUGGGGGCGCCGCUCGGCUCCGAUCCCGAUCCCGGUCCCGAUCCCGAUCCCGGCCCCGAUCCCGGCCCCGAUCCCGAUCCCGGUCCCGGUCCCGAUCCCGAUCCCGGUCCCCGUCCCGAUCCCGGCCCCGAUCCCGGUCCCGAUCCCGCCAUGGAGGAGCCGCCGCCCGAGCAGCCCCCGGCUGCUGAGCAGGAGGCUGCGGAGGCUGCGGCCGGCCCCGAGUGGAACAUCCCUCCCAACGCGCCCGCCUGCAUGGAGCGGCACCUGGAGGGCGCGCACUACCGCGCAGACGGGGCCCUGUUGCUGGGCGCCUCGGGACUGAACGGGCGCUGCUGGGCCGGUUCCCUCUGGGUGUUCGCCGACCCGCGCCGUGCCCCCAGCGAGGGUUUCUGCACCGCCGGCGUCCAGACCGAAGCGGGUGUCGCCGACCUGUGCUGGGUGGCUGACAGGGGCAUCCUGGUGGCCUCCGACUCCGGCGCCGUGGAGCUCUGGGAGCUGGAUGAGAAGGAAACCCUCAUCGUCAACAAGUUCUGUAAAUACGAGCACGAUGACAUCGUGAUGACGGUGGCCGUCCUGGCCGGCAGCACCCACGUUGUCAGCGGUGGCAGGGACUUCUGCGUGAAGGUCUGGGACCUCCCGCAGCAGACGGUGCUGCACUCCUACAGAGCUCACUCCGAUGCGGUGACAUGUGUGGCUUCCUGUCCUGGUAAGGACACCAUGUUCCUGUCCUGUGCGGAGGACAACAGAACUUUACUCUGGGACACCAGAUGCCCCAAACCAGCUACUCGAAUUGUUUGCAGUGCCUGUAAUCACCUCCCUACCUCAGUCAUGUGGCAUCCACACAAAAGUGACAUCUUUGCUCUGGGUGAUGAAAAUGGAACAGUUGCACUCGUAGACACAAAGAACCCUGAUUCUGCCCUCAGCUCCUCUGUGCAUGCCCGGAAUAUCACGGGGUUUGCGUUUUCUACACAUAGUUCACCCUUACUGGCUUCAAUCAGUGAAGACUGUUCAGUAGCUGUUCUUGAUUCAGACCUCUCAGAGGUGUUCAGAAGCCGUUCUCAUCAAGACUUUGUGAAAGGCUUAUCAUGGUCUCCUUCAGACAAUGCCUUGCUCACUACAGUUGGAUGGGAUCAUCAGGUUUUACAUCACACUGUCCCCAUACCGACUGCUGAAGCUUCUGGAGUCAACUGUGUAAAGGAAUAGUUUUAUAAACUCAUGGUCCAAAUUC